UAUUUGACUUGUCUUUGACAGCAACAGAAGUUCCGCGUCACACGUGCAACCAGCGAGAGGAAGCUCACACAACCAACGCCCCCCCCCCCCCAACUUUAAAUACUGUCCUGCUCGCCCCUCCUUGGAAUCCUCUGAUCAACCUUCUCCCUUCUUCACUCCUUAUAGACUUCGUUUUGGAUAUAGUCGCAUUGGUGGCCGAUAAACGUCUUUGUAAAGUCACUUCUCCCUCUGGACCCCGCCUGCCAGCUCAACGACAUACGUCAUCGAUCUCCGAUCGCCAUGAGCGAUUCGAAAUUCAUCCCCAUCCCGGGUCCCAGGGGUGUGCCCUUCCUGGGGAAUGUGCUGGAUGUCGACCCCGAGGUGCCCGAGCAGAGUUUCUCGUUGAUGGCAGAUAACUAUGGGCCUAUUUUCCGGUUAUCCAUCGUCGGAAAAACGAGAGUCUUCAUCAGUACCCAUGAACUAGUCGAUGAGAUUUGUAACGAAGAACGAUUCACGAAAAAGGUCGUGGCUGGUCUGCAAGAAAUCCGAAAUGGUGUCGAAGACGGCCUGUUCACGGCCCAUUACCCCGGCGAGGAGAACUGGGAGAUCGCCCACCGAGUUUUGGUCCCUGCUUUUGGACCUCUGACAAUUCGGGCCAUGUUCGAUGAUAUGUACGACAUCGCCAGUCAACUUGCCCUGAAAUGGGCCCGUCAAGGCCCCAACGUGCCCAUCAUGGUCACCGAUGAUUUCACCCGGCUGGCCCUGGACACCAUCGCCCUUUGUUCUAUGGGUACCCGUUUCAACUCAUUCUACCACGAAGAGAUGCAUCCUUUCGUUGAAGCGAUGGUCACCCUGCUGCAAGGCUCGGGUGACCGGGCCCGGCGCCCGGCGCUCAUGAACAGCCUCCCCACUAGCGAAAAUAACAAGUACUGGCAUGACAUUGAAUUUCUACGAAAGUUGGCCCAGGAUUUGGUGGAUGCGCGCAAGAACAACCCCGAGGAUAAGAAGGACCUACUAAACGCGUUGAUUCUCGGCCGCGACCCCAAGACCGGUCAAGGUCUCUCGGACAGCUCCAUCAUCAACAACAUGAUUACGUUUUUGAUCGCCGGUACGAACGCCACCCUCGUAAGAAUGAUUUGACGAGCUAACUCACGUUCCAGGCCACGAGACCACUUCUGGCAUGCUCUCGUUCUUGUUCUAUUACCUUCUCAAGAACCCCAAGGCUUACCAGAAGGCACAGCAAGAGGUAGACACGGUGAUUGGGCGACGCAAGAUCACCGUGGAGGAUGUGUCGAAACUUCCCUACAUCACGGCCGUGAUGCGCGAAACCCUGCGUCUUCGAUCCCCGGCACCUUUGAUUGCUUUCCACGCCCAUCCAACCAAGAACACUGAGAGCCCUGUGACUCUGGGAGGCGGCAAGUACGCUCUGGAAGAAGACGAGGCAAUCGUGGCGAUUCUGGGCAAGCUGCACCGGGAUCCUAAGAUCUACGGCGACGACGCAGAGGAAUUCAGACCGGAAAGAAUGCUGGACGCCGAAUUCGAGAAACUGCCGAAGAACGCGUGGAAGCCAUUUGGCAACGGCAUGCGCGCCUGCAUCGGUCGCCCGUUUGCUUGGCAGGAGGUGCUGCUUCUGGUGUCGAUGCUCUUGCAGAACUUCAACUUCCAAAUGGAUGACCCUAGCUACGAUCUACGGUUGAAGCAGACCCUCACGAUCAAGCCCGAUGGCUUCCACAUGAAGGCAACCCUUCGACAUGGUAUGGAUGCCACAAAAUUGGGUGCUUUCUUGAACAGCGGCGAAGCGUCCUCCGAAGACUCAGAUGCUAGCAGCAAAGACCGCAAGAAGAAGGCUACUCCCGCGGGCGAUGCCAAGCCGAUGCACGUCUUCUUUGGCAGCAACACUGGAACCUGCGAGGCGUUUGCUCGAAGACUGGCGGAUGAUGCCGCUGGCUAUGGGUUUGCUGCCGAGGUCAAGUCCCUGGACUCGGCUAUGCAGAACGUCCCGAAGAACGACCCUGUGGUUUUCAUCUCGGCCUCGUAUGAGGGCCAGCCCCCGGACAACGCCGCUCACUUCUUUGAGUGGCUGAGCAACCUGAAGGAAAACGAACUUGAGGGCACAAACUAUGCCGUUUUUGGCUGCGGUCAUCACGACUGGGCAUCCACCUUCCACCGCAUUCCCAAGGCUAUCAAUCAGCUGGUUGAGGAACGAGGUGGAAACCGUCUUUGCGACCUUGGAGUCGCCGAUGCCGCCAACUCGGACAUGUUCACCAACUUCGAUAACUGGGGUGAAUCCACCUUCUGGCCUGCGGUGACGGGCAAGUUCGGCCGCUCUCAGGCGAAAGAAAGCAAAUCGGCCCUUCAGGUAGACGUCAGCAAAGGAACGCGGCCCUCCACAUUAGGUCUUCAGCUGCAGGAGGGAUCCGUGAUCGAGAACAAACUUCUGACGGCGCCCGGGGUCCCCGUCAAGCGGAUGAUUCGAUUCAAGCUUCCCGUUGACAUGACCUACCAAUGCGGUGACUAUCUCGCCGUGCUUCCCACCAACCCGGACAACGUCGUCCGACGAGCCAUCAGCCGCUUCAACCUCCCAUCCGACGCCAUGCUCACGGUCUCGAAACCUUCACAGGCCUCCAACGGGCCCACCGCGAUCCCCUUGGGCACCCCCAUCUCCGCGUUCGAGCUCUUCGCGACGUACGUGGAACUCUCGCAGCCGGCCUCCAAGCGCGAUCUCACCACCAUCGCCAACGCCGCUUCCUCCGAUGCCGACGUCCAGGCCGAACUUCAGUAUCUCGCGUCCAGCCCCACCCGGUUCAGCGAAGAGAUCAGCAAGAAGCGUCUAAGCCCCUUGGACAUCCUUAUGCGGUACCCCUCCGUCAACCUUCCCAUCGGCGACUUCCUCGCCAUGCUCCCGCCCAUGCGCGUGCGUCAAUACUCUAUCUCCUCGUCGCCGCUCGUCGACCCCACAGAAUGCACCAUCACCUUCUCCGUGCUCAGCGCCCCAUCCCUCGCCUCCUCCGACGAGCAGUACCUCGGCGUAGCCUCCACCUACCUUUCGGAACUCCGACCCGAAGAGCGCGCGCACAUCUCCGUCCGCCCCUCACACACAGGCUUCAAGCCCCCAAUCGACCUCGACACGCCCAUGAUCAUGGCAUGCGCCGGCAGCGGCCUCGCCCCCUUCCGCGGUUUCGUGAUGGACCGAGUCGAGAAGAUCCGCGGCCGACGCAGCCCGAUGGGCUCAGCAGACGAACACCCAGACGUCGGCAAGGCCGCCAAAGCCAUCCUCUACGUCGGCUGCCGCACCCCAGGAAGCGACGACAUCCACGCUGACGAGCUGAACGAGUGGGCGCGCCUCGGCGCCGUCGACGUCCGCUACGCCUACAGUCGACCCGCUGACGGCACGCCCAGUCGACACGUACAGGACCUGAUGCUGGACGACCGGAAGGAACUCGUCGAAUUGUUCGAUAGCGGCGCGCGUGUCUAUGUCUGUGGCACGACGGGCGUCGGCCAGGGCGUGCGCUCGGCUUGCAAAUCUAUGUACCUGGAGAAGCGGCGCGAGCAUUACCGUCAGGCGCGCGAGCGCGGCGAGGAUGUCGACGAAGGCGACGAGGAGAAGGCCGCGGAGGAGUUCUUGGAGGGGUUGAAGACGAAGGAAAGAUAUGCUACGGAUGUGUUUACUUGAAUGUGAACUUUACUGUAGAUAGUUAGGGGUGGAGGGUGUUUUUCUUGGUUUCAUUCAUUGAGUCUGAGCGUUUUUGGUUUGCAUUGAGAGAGAGAAAGAAUGUUUAUAGAGAAUUAUGAGAUUGGAUUGGAGGACCGAUUCACUCAGCCACUUGCAUUUUGCAUAUGUUUGAACUACUUAGUCUUCUCGUUCUAGUGACAAGACUGUUAAAACUUAUACUUACAUCAUGAAUCAGCAGGGUCUUCUUCUCUACUUCUUUAAUCACUUAACAGGGCAGUUAUGCUUCUAUUUAUACAAUAUUUACGAGAAAGAUGGCACGAAG